AUGAAGGACCUUCUGGUGGCCAGGGUUCUCCUUGAUGGACUGCUCCAUCGCCAGGCUCAGUACAUGUGUCAGGCAAGUGAUUCAGGUUCAUCAUCUGAUGAAGAAUCAUUGACUGAAGAAGAAACUGCAAAACUCAAGGAGCAAGUGGAGGAAAAGAAGAAAUUAAUCUCCACUAUUAGGAAUAAGCCCUGGCGCAUGAAGAAAAAACUUUCUGUUUUAAGGGAUGGACAAAAAUUUGUGGAGAAAUUUGAAGGUGCUUUGGGAAAGGGAAAGGGAAAGAAAUUUUAUGCCUACAAAGUCAUGAUGUUAAAGAAAUGGAUAAAAUUUAAAAGAGAUUUUGAAAAUUUUAGAACAACCUGCAUACCAUGGGAAAUGAAGAUCAAAGAAGUGGAAAGUCAUUUUGGAUCAUCUGUUGCCUCAUAUUUUAUAUUCCUAAGAUGGAUGUAUGGUGUGAAUCUAGUUCUCUUUGGUCUAAUAUUUGGGCUUGUUGUAAUUCCAGAGAUUUUAAUGGGACUACCGUAUGGCAGUUUAACACGAAAAACAGUGCCCAGAAAAGAAGAGAAAACCGCCAUGGAUUUCGCUGUGCUUUGGGAUUUUGAGGGUUAUGCCAAAUACUCUGUUUUGUUUUAUGGUUAUUACAAUGACCAACGCACAAUCGGAUGGUUGAAAUUCAGACUACCACUUUCUUAUUUUUUGGUCGGUGUUGGUGUUUUUGGAUACAGUCUCAUGGUUGUUAUUAGAACGAUGGCAAGUAAUGCCAAUGAAAAUACUGCUGAUGGAGAUGAUGGAAAUUACAAUUUCAGCUUUAAAAUGUUUACUAGCUGGGAUUAUUUGAUUGGAAACCCAGAGACAGCAGAUAACAAAUUUGCAUCAAUAACAACCAGCUUUAAGGAAUCUAUUGUAGAUGAGGAGGAAAGUAAUAAGAAUGAAAACAUUCAUCUCACUAGAUUCCUACGGGUCCUGGCCAACGUAAUGAUAAUAUGCUGCCUGUGCGGGAGUGGUUAUCUCAUUUACUUUGUUGUAAAGCGCUCACAGACUUUCUCCAAGAUGCAGAAUAUUGGAUGGUAUGAAAGAAAUGAGGUUGAGAUUGUAAUGUCUUUGCUUGGAAUGUUUUGCCCACCUUUAUUUGAAACAAUAGCAAAUCUGGAAGAAUACCAUCCCCGUGUGGCUCUCAAAUGGCAGCUUGGGCGAAUAUUUGCUUUGUUCCUUGGUAACCUCUAUACAUUCUUACUAGCUCUGAUGGAUGAUGUCAAUGAAAAACUAGCUCAAGAAGACGGAAUAAAGAAUGUAACUCACUGGACACUGUUCAACUAUUACAACGCUUCCACACUUGGAACAAAUGGAACGCUACCACCUCUGCAUCCUGCUGACGUGCCAAGGGGACCCUGUUGGGAGACCAAUGUUGGAGUUGAGUUUGUAAGGUUAACAGUGUCAGACAUACUAGUGACAUAUGUUACUAUCCUAGUUGGAGAUUUCCUACGUGCCUGCUUUGUUAGAUUUAUGAACUACUGCUGGUGCUGGGACUUAGAGGCUGGAUUUCCUUCCUAUGCAGAGUUUGAUAUCAGUGGCAAUGUGCUGGGACUGAUCUUCAAUCAAGGAAUGAUCUGGAUGGGUUCAUUUUAUGCUCCGGGACUGAUCGGCAUUAACGUCCUUAGGUUGCUCACCUCGAUGUACUUUCAGAGCUGGGCUGUUAUGAGCAGUAAUGUUCCUCAUGAACGGGUGUUCAAAGCAUCUAAAUCAAAUAAUUUCUACAUGGGGCUUCUCCUCCUCAUCCUCUUCUUAAGUCUGUUGCCUGUGGCUUAUACAAUCAUGUCUCUUCCACCAUCAUUUGACUGUGGGCCAUUUAGUGGGAAGAAGAAAAUGUUUGAUGUAAUCCAAGAAACAAUGGAUAAUGACUUUCCUCCGUUUGUUGCCAAAAUUCUCAGUGCAAUUGCAAAUCCUGGACUAAUUAUCCCAGCUGUUCUCCUUAUGAUAUUAGCAAUUUACUACCUCAAUGCUGUUUCCAAAGCUUAUCAACAAGCAAACAUAGAUCUCAAAAAGAAAAUGCAGAUGCAAAGAGAAGAGGAAAAGAAUAAACGCAAUAAUAACACCCAGACUAAUUCAAUUAUGCGAGACCUAGAAGAAUUACUUCCUCCAAGUGCAAGGAAUGCACUCAGACUCCAGACUACUGGAACAGGCCGCGUACAGCAGAGGACGCCACGGGCUCGCCGGGAGAAGCUUACUGCUCUGCCAAAGCAACAGCAUGUGGAGGUUGGGACCCAGUUCUUGAGACAAUAUGAAGAAGAUCGGAACACUCUGGAGAGCAUUGUCACUGGCAUUCAGACAUGGGUGCCCCACUACGACCCGGAAACCAAAAGACAAAGCAUGGAGUGGAGACAUCUGUCUUCUCCAGCGAAAAGUCAGCCCUCCACCAAAUAA